GAUGAAAAUACUUGUCCGAAGAAACUACAAUUCCUAACUUUCUCUGACUAAUGCAAAUUUAGAUUUCCAUACACUACCCUUUGCCCUUUCCUUCCUCUCCACCGACGAACUUUCCUUUCUCUCUCUCUCUCUCUCUCUCUCUCUCUCUCUCUCCCUCCCUUUUAGAACCCAAAAAGAAAAACAGAAAACACAAGCUGUACCACCUUACAGGAUAAUCUCAAUCAUCUUCUAAAUUUAUAAGGACAGCUUUCAACUAUAUGGUUGCAUCCAAAGUUGUUAAAUUUUAUGCAAAGGAGGUGGCAAGAAGAGUUUAGAGAAUAUGUAUACAUUGAAAGAGAAAGUCUCAAAUCAGCUCUCUCGUUUCUUUGCUGAAUCUCAAAAUUCUUCUUCUCCUCUUCCUUCCCCUUGUUCAUCAGCCGACACUUCUCAGGCCAGGCCGUUCUCUGAUGGGGGGAAAUCAUUUUCUUCAUAUUUUCACUUCACUGUCCCUUCAUUAAACUUUGGUGGGUCUAGAUCAAACAAACACCAACAUGAGUUAAAGCCAAUUCAUUCACCACCUUUUAGAUGGGGUAGUAAAGGUUUGAAACAGGAAGAUGAACACUCAGAUAGAUAUCAUGAAUGCAACACAGUUUCUGAGGAUGAGAACUUGAAAAAUUAUUGGGAAGACAGUAAAGAAAGCAUUGAAGUUAGUGUCAACAAACAAACAGAUAAAACACUUGACAGCAAUGACGUCGGUGCCUCUGGAAGGAGCAGUAGUGAUAGUGAUGUAUUUGAGGAAGCGCGAGAACAGCAGACUCCACGGAGCCCAGUAUUCCAUCUCAUGAAUGAGUCAUCUUUUAUUUCCUCGGAAUUGUACGACUUCUUGCAUUCAUCCCUUCCUAAUAUAGUGAAGGGAUGCCAAUGGGUUUUGUUAUAUAGUACGUUAAAGCAUGGCAUAUCACUCCGGACACUUAUUCGCAAGAGUGCAGAUCUUUCCGGUCCCUGUUUGUUGAUUGUUGGUGAUAGACAAGGUGCUAUAUUUGGUGGUCUUCUAGAAUGUCCAUUGAAACCUACACCCAAGAGAAAAUAUCAGGGGACAAACCAGUCAUUUGUAUUUACAACUAUAUAUGGUGAACCAAGGCUAUUUAGACCAACUGGUGCCAACCGAUAUUAUUACAUGUGUUUGAACGACUUACUAGCACUUGGUGGCGGCUGCAACUUUGCUUUGUGCUUGGAUGGAGACCUGUUAAAUGGAACUAGUGGACCUUGUGAAACAUUUGGGAACUUAUGCCUGGCCCACCAACCAGAGUUUGUAUUAAAAAAUGUUGAGCUUUGGGGGUUUACACAUUCAUCAAAAUACCUUUCCUGACACAAGGAGAUGGAAGCUUGUCAUUUUAUCUUUAAUUAUUUGUGAUUUCAUUCUUUAUUCUUCCAACUGUGGAGUGCUCCAAUUAUGUUGGCAUUGGCUAUUAGUAAAAUAUUAUCAAUUUCUGCUGCUGAAUUCAUUAAUUGCUGCCAAGGAGUGCUUCAGUCUUUAGAAUUGGUCUUUAGAGUGGAUAUCCUUUUUCAUAAAGACAGAGUGAGCUGCAAUGUGGCCAGCUUUAUUGUUGUAAAAUAAAAUUAGUUAAGGGAGUGCAGUUACAGAAAGGAGGGCUAAAAAGGGUAGAGGCUAUAAGCGCGCACAUAUAUGUUUUAUCUUUAGUAUUGUUGAACUUAUUUAAGGGUUAUGUUAUUAAUAGCUUGUUGGAUUCACUUUA